AUGGACGAGGAUCAUUGCGUUGCCAACCCAUACGGGGCCGAUACAAUCAUCAACGAUAAUCGCAACAGAUUCAUCAAGAAGGUCACGCUGAAUAGUGUCGUGGAGGUCUUGGCCGAAGGCGAAGGAAGUGCUGUCAGAAAGCCGUUCCAUGACAGGUCUGGUCACAUUGUAUACGAAUUUCCUGCUACACCUGAAGAUGACAAAAAGGCUCAAGACGCAUGCGUGUCGUUCUAUUUUGCACAUUGCAAGGGACGCUUGGAAAGAAAUGAUGCAGAGGAGUUUAUGGAGCUAGUCCCUCCUAUGGCGUCGUUGCGAUCCCUCGAGGAACAUAAAGUCAUUCAAGAACAGUUGACAGAAUUCUACGACUCAGUUGAUUCCCUGUACCAGCCCCCUCCCUCCGCCGACAUACCAGAAAAAGCAAAGUGGAAGGUUGAGAUUACGCUCAAAAAUGAGUUGGUUUGGAAGCUUCCUCUGGAGCAUAGUUCAGGCAACGAGUUGGUUGGCAUUGAAUUGGUCAGUGCAGUCUGGCAACUUGAUCAAAAACUUGAAAUGCCUGCUCAGUCCACACUUGAUGCUGUCGAUCGGAGUGUGAAGGGUGCGGAAGAGUUGCUACAAGUGAUAGAGUCAAUGCGACGUGCUUUGGAAGCUGCCGUCUCUCGGAAACUGAAAGAUUUUGGGAUCGUGUCAGAGCGGUUCAAGGCGAUCAAGCGAAUGCAUGAAGAGCUCAGGGUUAGGAAAUUUGGAAAUUUGGCAAUGGGAAAAAGGACAUUUGUGAAUGAGCAAAAGGAGAAUAGCAAUAGCGAUAAAGUAAUGACUGCAAAGGAAAAGGUUCUGGAAAUGAAAGGUACAGCAACUGCAGAGGAAAAGGUUCUGGAAAACGAAAUGAAAGAAACACCGACUGAUAUAGUAACGGCUUUGGAACUGUGA